AAAAAAAAAUUAAAAACCAAAUCAUUGGAAUUCACAAUUAAAACACACAAUUAAUUAUUAGCAUUUUUAAAUAUCUUAUAUUUUAUUGGGUGUUAUAAGUUUUUCAUUACCAAAAACUUGUUUUUUUUUUAAAAAAAGGAAGGUCAAUUGACCGAAAUUCAGGACAUAUUUAAAUUCAAUGUUUUCUAAAGGAGGAGAAAAUUUCUGACACAACGCAAAAUAAAGCAUAAUAAUAUUCACGAAAAAUAAAUAAAUAGAGGGAUUUUCUCAUCAUUCGAAUUUUAAUUUUUAUCUUUCAUGGAAAAAAUGCAGCAUAAAUUAUCGAAAGGUUACGACUUAGUGCCUAGUUCUGAUCUGCAAUCAUUCCAGACUCAUGAUCCAAAACAUCGUAAAUCAGUUAAAAUUAGAAGAAAUUGGAUGCCUUGGAGAAAGCAAAAAAAAACGUCCCCAGAAAUGGAGGAUCUCAAAAAGGAGGUGGAAAUGGACGAACACAUAAUUCCGCUCCAAGAAUUGUUCAAACGUUUAGGGACCGAUCCCGAAAAAGGUCUGAGUACAGAACAGGCGCAAUUUAUAUUUGCCAGAGAUGGGCCCAACUCUUUAACGCCUCCAGCCCAAACCCCGGAAUGGAUAAAAUUCGCUAAGCAACUUUUCGGAGGCUUCGCCACUCUUUUGUGGAUCGGUGCUAUUCUUUGUUUCCUGGCCUAUGGCAUCCAGUCUGCUACAUAUAGAAAUGUUUCCAAGGACAACUUAUAUUUGGGAGUCGUGCUUAUGAGCGUUGUCAUAAUUACCGGUAUAUUUUCGUAUUACCAAGAAGCUAAAAGUUCUCGUAUUAUGGAAUCUUUCGCUAAAAUGAUUCCACAGCACGCGGUGGUGUGGAGGAAUGGUGUUAAGACAGAGCUCAAAGUUGAAGAGUUGGUAGUCGGAGACGUAGUCGACGUACAUUUUGGCGAUAGAGUACCUGCCGAUUUGCGCAUUUUAAAAUCUCACGGAUUCAAGGUGGAUAAUUCGUCGUUAACCGGUGAGAGCGAGCCCCAAUCCCGUUCGCCCGAUAAUACCAGCGAAAAUCCGCUAGAAACCAAAAAUUUAGCAUUUUUCUCAACCAACGCAGUCGAAGGAACGGCAACCGGAGUUGUUGUGCAUACGGGAGACAGAACCAUAAUGGGCAGAAUAGCAAAUCUGGCUUCGGGGCUUCAAACGGGGGACACGCCAAUCCAUAAAGAAAUUAACCAUUUUAUUCACAUUAUAACUGCAGUAGCCGUAUUUUUGGGGAUCUCAUUCUUUAUUAUCGCCCUAAUAAUGAACUAUACCUGGUUGGACGGGGUCAUCUUUUUGAUAGGUAUCAUUGUAGCCAAUGUACCGGAGGGCCUGUUAGCAACAGUCACGGUAUGCCUAACUUUAACUGCUAAACGAAUGGCCGCGAAAAAUUGUUUAGUCAAAAAUCUCGAAGCCGUAGAAACACUAGGAUCAACAUCUACAAUAUGUUCGGAUAAGACUGGUACUUUGACACAAAAUAGGAUGACUGUAGCACACAUGUGGUACGAUAGCAAAAUUUGGGAAGUUGACACUUCGGAAAAUCAAACGAUGGUAUUGAAUCGUGUCAAAAAUCAAACGUGGGAGGCACUGGAACGAAUAGCCGGAUUGUGCAACAGGGCUUACUUUAAAGCUCACCAAGAAAAUGUGCCCGUUAUGAAAAGGGAAUGUAAUGGAGAUGCCUCUGAAACGGCCCUGCUUAAGUGUGUGGAAUUGACAUAUGGGAAUGUGGAAGAAAUGAGGAAACUUUACAGAAAGCUUGUAGAAAUUCCUUUCAAUUCUACCAAUAAAUACCAGGUAUCGAUCCACGAGGCUCCUAACGAUCCCAGGCAUUUGUUAGUCAUGAAGGGAGCUCCAGAGAGAGUUUUAGAGAGGUGUACGACCAUUUUGAUAGAUGGUAAAGAAAUUCCGAUAACAGAUAAGAUAAAGGAGGAUUUUAACACGGCCUACUUGGAGUUGGGUGGAAUGGGAGAGAGAGUUUUGGGAUUUUGUGAUUUUUGGUUGCCCGUUGAACAAUUUCCCAAAGGCUUUCCUUUCAAUCCCGACGAUGUAAAUUUCCCUCUAGAAGGAUUUAGAUUUGUGGGUCUCAUGGCUAUGAUAGACCCACCCCGAGCUGCCGUUCCUGACGCUGUAGCUAAGUGUCGUAGCGCUGGAAUUAAGGUCAUAAUGGUUACUGGAGACCAUCCAAUAACGGCCAAGGCUAUAGCUAGGCAAGUAGGUAUAAUAUCGGAAGGCAGUGAAACCAUCGAUGACAUAUCCUCUCGUUUAAAUAUACCAUUAGAAGAAAUUAAUCCGCGCGAUGCGAAGGCUUGCGUGGUUCAUGGCGGAGACCUCAAAAAAAUGAGUCCUAAAGAUUUGGACGAGAUUUUGAAAUGGCAUCCCGAAAUUGUUUUCGCUCGCACCUCCCCACAACAAAAACUUAUGAUAGUGGAAGGGUGCCAGAGACAAGGAGCAAUAGUAGCAGUAACCGGAGAUGGGGUUAACGAUUCUCCUGCGCUUAAGAAGGCCGAUAUCGGAGUUGCUAUGGGAAUAGCCGGAAGUGAUGUUAGUAAACAAGCUGCCGAUAUGAUUUUACUGGACGAUAAUUUUGCUUCCAUCGUUACUGGGGUUGAAGAAGGCCGUUUAAUAUUUGAUAACCUCAAAAAGUCUAUCGCGUAUACCCUUACUAGUAACAUACCGGAAAUAAGUCCAUUCUUAUUUUAUAUACUCGCUAACAUUCCCCUACCCUUAGGAACCGUCACAAUUUUGUGCAUAGAUCUCGGAACUGAUAUGGUGCCAGCCAUAUCUCUAGCCUACGAAAAGGCAGAGAGCGAUAUCAUGAAAAGGAAGCCGCGUAAUCCCAAAUACGAUAAAUUAGUUAACGAAAGAUUGAUAAGCCUCGCCUACGGCCAAGUAGGAAUGAUUCAAGCUUGCGCGGGGUUUUUCACCUAUUUUGUCAUUAUGGCUGAGAACGGGUUUUUGCCCAGGAAAUUAUUAGGUAUAAGAGUUCCUUGGGAUUCGGCAGGAGUCAAUGAUUUGACGGAUUCUUAUGGCCAGGAAUGGACUUAUACGAAUAGGAAAAUUUUGGAACACACCUGUCACACAGCAUUUUUUGUGUCCAUAGUUGUUGUGCAAUGGGCCGAUUUGAUUAUUUGUAAAACUCGAAUGAAUUCGUUAUUCAAACAAGGAAUGCGGAAUUGGGUGCUAAAUUUUGCUCUAGUAUUUGAGACUGUGGUUGCGGCCUUUUUGUGCUACACUCCUGGUAUGGAUAAAGGUCUCAGAAUGUAUCCUUUAAAAUUUUUCUGGUGGCUACCCGCAGUUCCUUUCAGUAUUUUGAUAUUCGUAUACGAUGAACUUAGAAGAUACAUAAUUAGACACAAUAGAGGUGGAUGGGUAGAAAGGGAAACAUAUUAUUGAAUACGAACAAAAAGAAGGAGAAAUGAGGGGAAAAAAAUUGAAUUGCAAUCUCAAAAAAUAAAUUCCAAUUAUAUUAUUUGAAAACUAUGAUAAACAAAAAAUAUUUCUUUUUUAAAAU